AUGGAGGAUGAGUUUAUAGAGAAUAAGCAAUCAACCGCUGCUUCUUCCUCUUCUGUGUCUGAAGGAAGUAGUAGUAGUUUGCUUACGUCACCUGGUGCUGUUGCAAGUCCUCCCACAGUUUCUCCAACUCAUAGGAGGACGAGUGGGCCUAUAAGGCGAACUAAAGGAGGCUGGACAACGGAAGAGGAUGAGACAUUGAGACAAGCAGUUCGUAGGUUUAAUGGCAAGUUUUGGAAGAAAGUAGCGGAGUUUUUCCCUCAUAGGACUGAAGUUCAAUGCAUGCACAGGUGGAAGAAAGUUUUGGAUCCGAACCUUAAUAAGGGACAUUGGACGCAACAGGAGGAUGAGACAAUCGCUAAGCUUGUUGAAAAUGGGCUUAAGAAAUGGUCUUUAAUCGCAAAGUAUUUGCCAGGUCGAAUAGGGAAGCAAUGUCGAGAAAGGUGGCACAACCAUUUGGAUCCUGGUAUCAACAAGAAGGCUUGGACACAAGAGGAAGAGUUAGCUCUAUUGAAUGCUCAUCUAACCUAUGGAAACAAAUGGGCUGAAAUAUCUAAGGUCUUACCUGGCAGAACUGAUAAUUCAAUAAAGAACCACUGGAAUAGUUCAUUGAAGAAGAAGUCAGAGUUCUUCUUAGCUAAUGGUAGCUUACCACCAACAGUAGCAAAGACUAAUGCUUCUCAAACCUCUUUGGUAACUACUACACAGACAAAUAAACCUGAUGAAGAAGGAAAAGACCAAUCAAACUCUUCUGUUCCACUCCAAGAAGUAGUAGCUGCUUCACCAGUGACCAGUGUUAGUGAGUACGCUCGUUCUUCUCCUCAGUUUCCUAUCCCAGAGACAUCGCCAAAGAACGGUUAUCAUCUUUACUACAAGCCUGAGAGAGAGCACUACAUGGCGUCAGAAGCUGAUAAGCAGCGUAUGUAUGGUUAUGAAUAUGGUUGCAGUCCAAGCACACCACCUGUUAUCUUCUUCACUCCACCACCACCGCCUUGUAGAAAAGAAGAGAAAAGUAACGGUUCAUCAGCUCCAACGAGUCUUGAGUCUUUCUUGAGAGAAGCUGCUAGAACAUACCCAAACAUGCCUUCUAUUAUCAGGAAAAGACGACGCAAAGUUCAGGAUAACAACAAAACAGCUGAAGAAGAAGCUACUAAAGAGGCUGUUGUUGAUGAAAAGGUGAGCCUUGAUUGUGAAGAAGAGAAGCAAAACAAUGGAUCAUAUGGUUACUACAUUUCUCCUCCAUACCGGAUAAGAUCCAAAAGAAGAGCUGUAUUCAAGUCAAGACAGCUUGAGUUCAUCACUGCAGAGGAAGAAAAGGUUGAUGAUGAUGAAACCAUAUCAUCUGAGAAAGAUAAGCUGGCUUGA